AUGGACAAGCAGCAGCGCCGGCCCGACCGUCGCCGUGGCGCAGGCAGACGCGGCCCCGGGCGAGGAGGAGCCAAACCUCAGCAUGAGAAUGAGCAUGCAUCCCACAGCGCAUCAAACGGAUCAAAUGGAGGCCCUCACCGCGCUCCCUUCGCCUCGUCCGCUCCGGCCGACCUGUCGCAGGCCCUGGACCAGACGGCCGCUCCCCCGCUGAGCGAGCCCAUCCCCAUGGACACGCCCCGGUUCGCCGAGCUGGCGGGCUCCAACCUGGUGCAUCCCACCAUCAUCCAGACCAUCACCGACGACCUCAAGUUUGACCACAUGACGCCCGUCCAGGCCGCCACGCUCACGCAGCUGCUGCCGCCCAACCGCAGCGACUGCCUCGUCCAGGCCAAGACCGGAACCGGCAAGACCGUCGCCUUCCUGCUGCCCGCCCUGCAGACCAUGAUCACCCAGAGCCGCGGUGCGGAUUCUGGCGUCUCGCUGCUCGUCAUCUCGCCCACGCGCGAGCUGGCCAUGCAGAUCGCCAAGGAGGCCACUAACCUGCUACAGCGCCUGCCGCAGUACCGCGUGCGCAUCGCCAUCGGCGGCACCAACAAGGACCGCGAGGAGAAGCAGAUCCUGGGCGGCUGCGACAUCCUCAUCGCCACGCCGGGCCGCCUUAUCGACCACAUGUCCAACGAAGACAUCAUCUACUCGCUGCGUCGGCUGGACACGCUCGUCCUCGAUGAGGCCGACCGUCUGCUCGACAUGGGCUUCAUGAAGGCCCUACGCGACAUUGUCGGCCAUCUGCCCGACAAGAAGAGCACCAACCGCCAGGGCAUGCUCUUCUCCGCCACCAUGGCCCCCCACGUCGAGCAGGUCGCUGGUCUUGUGCUCUCGCCUGGCUACAAGUUCAUCUCCACCAUCCCGGUCGGCGAGGUCAACACCCACCAGCGCGUUCCCCAGCUCCUCGUCAAGGUGCCCAACUUCUCCUCUGUGACGCCCGCCAUGGUCGGCUGCAUCCGCGAGGAGGCCCCUCAGCACGCCGCCUUCAAGGCCAUCAUCUUCGCUCCUACCGCUGCCCUGGCCGACUUUUACGGACACAUUCUCUCCAACAUGUCCGGCCUCCCUCCCGUCUCCAUCCUGCACAGCCGCAUCUCCCAGAGCAAGCGUACCAAGGUCACCAACGACUUCCGCGAUGCUAGCACUGCCAUCCUCGUCGCCACCGACGUCGUUGCCCGAGGCAUGGAUUUCCCUGGCGUCACCACCGUAUUCCAGGUCGGCAUCCCUCUCGACAAGCAGAGCUACAUCCACCGUCUGGGUCGAACCGCCCGUGCGGAAGCCGACGGCCGGGGCAUCUUCAUCGUCACCGAGGCCGAGGCCUGGUUCCCCAAGUGGUCCCUCAAGGAGAUCACCUUCAUCCAGCACAACGCCAACAUCUCGUCGGCCGCCGAGGUCCACAGCAUCGCCGAGCGCAUGGAGGACAGCGACAAGGCCAAGAUCUACCAGGCCUGGCUGGGCUACUACAACAACCACCUGAAGAACCUGAAGUGGGACAAGGAGGACCUGGUGGCCGAAGGCAACGUCUAUGCACGCGAGGGUCUGGGUUCUCCCGACACGCCGCCCAUCGCGAAGACGACGGCCGGCAAGAUGGGUCUGCGCGGAACCAAGGGUCUGGUGAUCGUCCCUGACCCGCCCAAGCAGGGGCGCGGCCGGGGCGGUGGUGGCGGAGGCGGAGGUGGAGGUGGUGGAGGACGUGGCGGCCGAGGAGGAGGUCGCGGUCGACGCGGUGGCUUUUAA